UAUGACUAUCUUAAGAAACAUAUUCAAUGGUCAGGCGAGAGAUCGAUUCAGUAAGUCCGUGGAAACGAAUGAGGGAACUUCAUUGCGCACGCUUGACUGUAAUGGCUUUUUGCUGUCAAAAUGUGAUGCAGUUGUUUCUGUAUUUUAUUGCAAUGUGUUGUAUAUGGUUUUAAUGAUUACUUGAACAUCGAACUGUAACUGAAGUGAAGAUUCAUAGCGAUUCGCAAUUUGGAACGUUCAAACAAGUGGAAAUAAAAACAACGCGCGUUGUUAGUAUAAAUCCUAGAAAGCAAACAAUGGAUCAAUACUUUGCAGACGAGGGUAACAUGCGGAUACAACGAAAAAUCAUUGUUCUUUUAUAGUAACGUUUCUUAUUUUGCAUACAUUCAUCGUGUUUAAAAAUUUGAAAAGGUAAAAGUUGCAUUGGCCAUCAACAUGGAUAAGUCGGAUAAUCAGUUAAAAACCUGGAAAAAGAAGAGUAUGAAGUCGAGUGGUUCAGCGGAUGUUGUGACCCAGUGCGUUCAGGUGGUCGUGCGUUGCAGACCGAUGGACGAGAAGGAACUGGCCCGUGGCUAUAUGCGUGUGGUUGAUGUAUUCCCAUCGAGAGGAGUGGUCGAGAUACGUCAUCCACGAGAUGAUCCUUCUAGCGACAAUGUGAAAGUUUUUACAUUUGAUGCAGUCUACGACUGGAAUUCCAGUCAACAAGAUCUUUACGAAGAGACGGUCAGACCAUUGGUAUCUUCGGUUCUCGAUGGUUUCAACGGCACUAUUUUCGCAUAUGGGCAAACUGGCACUGGGAAAACAUAUACAAUGGAAGGUUUGAAGACUGAUCACGAGAGGCGUGGCGUAAUUCCACGAUCGUUUGAGCAUAUUUUUAAUCACAUAGGCAGAUCCGAGAAUAUGCAGUAUUUGGUACGUGCCAGUUACCUUGAAAUAUAUCAGGAAGAGAUUCGCGACCUUUUGCAACCUGAUCAGAGUCUUAGAUUUGAGUUAAAAGAGAAACCGGACAUUGGUGUGUUCGUUAAAGAUCUAUCCACUUCUGUAUGCAAAAGCGCUGUUGAGAUUCAACAAUUGAUGAAUACUGGAAAUCAGAAUAGAACUAUAGGUGCAACAAAUAUGAAUGAACAUAGCUCGAGAUCGCACGCGAUAUUUUUGAUUACCAUUGAAAUGGGAUCGAUCGGAGAUACCGGUGGAAUCAGAGUUGGUCGUCUAAAUUUGGUAGAUUUGGCAGGUAGUGAAAGGCAAAGUAAAACUGGGUCCUCCGGAGAGAGACUUAAAGAAGCGAGUAAGAUCAACUUAAGCUUAUCAGCGUUAGGAAAUGUGAUUUCAGCUCUAGUUGACGGUAAAACGACACACGUACCGUAUAGAGAUUCCAAGUUGACACGGUUGCUGCAGGAUUCUUUAGGCGGGAAUUCGAAGACUAUCAUGGUUGCCAACAUUGGACCAGCGAGUUAUAAUUAUGAGGAAACAUUAACAACGUUACGAUAUGCGAAUCGAGCCAAAAAUAUUAAGAAUAAACCAAGAAUAAACGAAGAUCCAAAAGAUGCGUUAUUGAGACAAUAUCAGGAAGAAAUUGGCCGAUUGAAAGAGAAAUUGGCACAAAAAGGUAUGGUGCAAAAACGGAAAAAGAAAUCAAAGAGGAAGAAGGAAGAUGAAACUGUAGAAUCCGAAUCUGAAACGGAAGACAGUCGAGGUGAAGAUAAUAAAAUAGAAACGGAUAAGAAAUUAAUCGCAGAACAGUUGAAAGCUGAGAAACAAGAGACAGAAACACUUAUAAUGAGAAUAAAAGAUUUGGAAAGUAAAAUGCUUUGCGGUGGAAAAAAUAUCAUUGACCAUACUAAUGAACAACAGAGAGCAUUAGAACAGAAAGCAGCCGAAAUAGCCGAGAGAAAGAAAAGAGAAGUCGAAAUGCAACAAAAACUUGAAGAUGAAGAGCUUACAAUGUUAGGUGUGAAAGAAACUUAUUCAAAUUUGCAACAGGAAGUAGAUGUGAAAUCAAGGAAGCUUAGAAAAUGUUUCAAUAAAUUACAAGUUUUAAAGCAAGAAUUGGAAGAUGUUACUAAUGAUUUCAAUAGAGAUAGAAGAGAUUUGGAACAAACUCAGCAUGAAUUAAUGAAAGAAUUAAAAUUGAAAUAUCUUAUAAUAGAAAAUUUCAUUCCUGAAGAAGAAAAGAAUAAGAUUUUAUCUAGAAUCCAUCUCGAUGAAGAGGAAGAUUGUUGGAUAGUAAAAGAACCAGAACCAUCCAGUAUAGACUUGAUUAAGAGACCUACAUCAAUUCCUGGUGCCCGUAGGCCCGUUUCAGAAUAUGCACGAAUUGCACUAGCUAUGGGAAGAGGUUGUCGUUAUGCGGGUGAAAAUAUAUUGAAUUUAGAUCUAGAUAUGCCUGCUAGAACAACAUUGGAUUAUCAAGGGCCCGUAAUCGCACCUACAAUUCAAGCUGUACUUGAAGAAGCGUUACGAGACGAAGGUGACAUCGAUGUGGAUGCCUCUAGUGCAAAACUUAGAUCAAAACCACGUUUACAAUCCGCGAAAAUACGACCUAAAAGCGUUGGAAAAAUACCGCAAAUCCCAGCACCGGUUUAUCCAAAGACGAGAGGUCUUGUACCGAAGUAGGAAAUUUUUCAAUACGUUCCAGUAAAAAUCUGUAAAGAAAUGUGUAAAUAUUGUACGAAUCGCAUUUUGAGCUUUGUUUGAUUAAUUUAUAUAUAUAUAUAUAUAUAUGUAUAAUUAUAUAAUUUGUUGUGAUACGUCACAUGGUAUUCUGUGUGUAUCGAUAAGCGCGAAAUAUUCGAAAUCUCUAUAAUCCUCUAGUCAAUGUGCAUUGUGCAGCCACAUGGUAUUAGUAUAUUGAUUAUUUCAUUAUUUGCAUUAAUAAAAUAUAAAAUAAUUGUCAAGUUAAAUUCCUAUUCGUUCAUGAAGACUGGAAUGUGUAUGUUUCACAUAAUUGUUUUUUGUUUCAAUUUAUAUUCAUUUAAUAUGGAAAUUAUGAGAUAUUAAAAAAAAUAUAAUUUUUUUUUUAUACAGUUAAAUUUGUAAAUUUAUAAUAUUAAUAUAUAUAAUAUUAAUACUAUCAUUGAAUAUUAAAAGAAAAUGUUUCUUUAUCGUUUAAUGGAAACAUGAAAAACUACACCCUUAAAAAUAUUUACAAAUUAAGGUUAUUGUUUACUCAUUUGCUCUAAUGAUCUUUUACAACUUUUUUUUAUUGAAAAAUUACACAUAAUUAUUCUUGCUAUUAUAUAUAUAUAUAUUAUUAUUAUUAUUAUAUAUAUAUAUAUAUAUUUCUUUAAACAUUAAAAGUGCUUGUAAAAAUAACAUUGUUACUUUCGACUCCUUUGAUUUUAUCACACGUAUCUGAAACUGCUAAAUUAUAAAGAUGAUGACAAUUAUAAACAUAAUACUAAUUAAUAAAAUUAAAUCAAAAUCAGAAUUAUAAAACUGUAAUUCAGAUUAAAAUUGUCUUUUUUCGUUUCAAGUUUCUUUUCUUUUUACUUACUUUUAUCCCGUUGAUAUCAUUUUUUAAACACACCAUCAUUAAAAAUCCACAUUCACUUUCUUCUACACUUCAAAAAAAAUUUCAACAUUCCUUUAAUACAUUUUAAUGUCUCGUUACCAUAGAGAACGAGACGCGUAAUUAUAAACGUAUAAAAAUGAUAAGGAAACAAAUUUUUUAUGCGUGUUGGAGAACUACAAUUGUAUGAAAUUCAAUAUGAAAUUCAUUGGGAAAUCCUGUGACAAUGAAAUAAGCGUAUUUUCAACUUUUCUUUUUCUUCUUCCUCAUAGAAAUGAUCAGGAUACUUCCGUUUAACAUAAUAAUGAAAUGAUACAUAACAAAUAUUAAAACGUAUUUACAAUUUGAUUAAAUUAGAAACGCAAUAGAAUCCUGGUCAUUUCUAGACCUUAAUUAAGAUUUUUGAACUAGUAACAUUUAAACAUUUCCACUAGACACUAAAAUAGUGUCUAAGGUAAAAACUAGUCCAAUAACAAUUACAAAUCAAUUUACAAUUAUGUAAAAGUUCCAUAUAUACUAAAUGAUCCUAAGUUGAAUGUCAUUUUAAUAAAAACGCUGUUGUUGCACAUAA